AUGGCUGCUCUCUCGACGUCAGAUCUGGCAGAUGAUGGACUGCAAAUGCGGAUCGCUAAAGAACGGCAGAACAAGCUGUUUUAUAUCCGAUACAUCCCAAACGCACCUCUCGCUAUGACUGGAUUCCGUGCCAUCAAGUUGUCAGGGACUAGCACUGACAACAGGGACUUUGAUCUCCUGGGGAAUGGGGGCCUUCAUGAAGACUACAUCGUGCCGGGGCCCAGCCCUGAGGAGGAUAGACAGUAUGAAACAAUCGGGAAGACCAUGAACAUGGUUCGGGAUUUGUGUGCAUACAUGGACCGCAGUGAUGGCGGAUUCACGUUUGUUCUCAGAACACGCGGUGCUGCAAUCCCUACCGAUUCCGAUCGCUCAUGCGGACCCAUGGUUCCGCUGCAAUUGUACUUACCGGCGCGGGAGGUAUCGGAGGCCUUUGACAUCGUCAACGUCGUGGACCGUAUAAAGCGGAUAUUUGUCGAGGAUAUUGCAUUACCGCACUUCCGGCGCUUUGCAGAGCGUUGUGAGCGUUCGAAUAUCGAGCCAGUUCAACUAGAACUUGAGGAGUUCGAUUCAGGCGAUGACAGUCAAGUGACGGAAGAUGGGACAGAGAGCUCUGAGGAUCCCGCCAAUCAGCGUGAUAGGUUACCAGAUGAAGUUAUCGAGAAAUGGCUGUCAUGUGGAAGUCUAGAGGAAGCAGAGGAGUACAUACGUCCAUUUCUAGCACCGGCAGCAGCAGAACCAAGCCUGGACAGGAAACCUGUGGUCAAUCAGACGUGGGGUGCUGCGAACGACAACUCUUCACAUAUCACGUCUCGGGUCCCGAUUAUCAGCAUUGGUUCUCACACAGAUGCAGUCAUCGACCAGCUGCAUCUGGACGACAACCUCAUCCCAAAGCUCCAUGAAAUUCCCUGCUCUGUACGCAGCUCUCGCUGGAAAGAGGCUAUUCUGCGUGAUGGAUGGGAUUUGUCGGAGAGCGACGCUCAUAGCCUUGCUCAGGCCAUGUUAUCCGACAUAUGCGGAGACUUGAAAAGGCACUACAAGGUCUCGGAAGCAGGGAUUAGACGCUCAGGCUGCAUGUCGACGUUGGUUGUUAUCAUUCUUAUUGAGACGAGUCUGCUUGUCUUUUUGUUUGCACUUCAAAAUGUAGAAUAGAAAUCUGUAUAACUCCAGG